UUCAACUGCCAACUAGCUCCACCGAAAAAUUCGUUGAUCUCAUCAUGGAAUCAGCAUCAGGAGGUUCCGGCCCCGGUGCAUCCGAUCCUAACAGCACGGAGGAUCCGUCGGGGAGUACCACCACCGCUGCCCCUCAAGCCGAGGGCUCAUCAUCGCCCGCGCCACCGAGUCGCUACGAGUCGCAGAAGCGACGGGACUGGAACACCUUCUUGCAGUACCUGAGGAACCACAAGCCGCCAUUGACGUUGGCGCGCUGUAGUGGAGCUCAUGUGAUCGAGUUCUUGAAGUACUUAGACCAAUUCGGAAAGACCAAGGUCCACAUAGCUGGGUGCCCCUAUUUUGGCCACCCGAACCCCCCAGCACCUUGCGCGUGCCCGCUGAAGCAGGCGUGGGGGAGCCUCGACGCCCUGAUCGGACGACUGAGAGCGGCCUACGAGGAGAACGGUGGACGGCCGGAGUCGAACCCGUUCGGGGCGAAAGCCGUGAGAAUUUACCUGAGAGAAGUCAGGGAAGGGCAAGCCAAGGCCAGAGGGAUUCCUUAUGAGAAGAAGAAGCGAAAAAGGCCUACGGUUACCGCAACUAAGGUGGAUGUCAACACGUCCGCAGGGAAUACUGGCAGUGGUGGCGACGGCGAGAGUAAAGAUGGCACUGCUGCUAGUGCCGCAAGCGGUGGUGCUGACGGUGUUGACGCCACUGUUAGCGGAGGUGGAUGUGUUGCUGCUGCCUCAGGAACAGGUACAGGUAGUGCUACUGUUACUACUACGACAGUAUAG